AUGGCCACCACCUAUUGCACCCACCCACGCGAUAUGCUGCAGGAGAGGCCCGGUGUCUGCCCUGCGCCCGCAACCACCCUGGUCCCUGCUUUUCCGCCAGGACUAGAGUUGGGCGCGGGGCUGCCAAGAGGAGGCUUUCCUGCAGCGGCGCUCGCUGCUCUUCCGCCAACGUGGCACCGGGAGCACAGCAGCUGCAUCGCAGUGUCGCCCCAUUUAAGGUGGCUUGACCGACAGGUCUGCAGUCAAGUUAUCGGAUAG